UUCAGUUGGUGACGUCACGUUGCCGGAGCUCGUGCGGCUCCGUGUCAGGAGCUCGCGGGGAAACAGGGAAGCUUGUAGAAAGUCUUCAGACGAAACGGGAUUUCAGAGCCAGUUUCCACCGGACACCCGCGGCGGUUUUUACACAGUUUUACCCGUGAACGACCUCCGGACUCCGGGGGAGACGUUUUCGAGCUGAAAAGUUACCCGUGCUUAGGUGAACUCGUCCCGGGUUGCGGUGGAUGUUAAGCGACGAAGAAGCGGAGGAAAACGGGAGGGGAGAUGAAAACAUCGCUGCGGUUUCUGUGCUGAACCGGGGCUCAGUUUCCACCCGGACACGCAGAAGGGCAAAAGCAAGAGGCAAAGAGGGGUUUAAACAUGGCAGAGGCUCGGUCGGAGGAAGAGGAGGAAAACCUGAGGAGAGACACCCGGGAACAAGUGGUCCGACGACAGCCGAACAGCUCCGGAGCCAAGGUCCUCUCUCCUCCAUCCGAGCCGUCAUCAAGAGAACUUCGAGGUCCUCGGUCUUAGAGACACCCAGAGACCGGGACCGAGACCGGGACCGGAGGCGACCAGAGAUCACCAUCUUGGCAGCAGAACCGCUGCCCUCCACCUCCUGGUUUCCAGGAGCCGUUGGAGGAAUCCCACCUCCGCCUCCUCCACCCGCACAUAUCUGGGGAUCCACAAUCGCUCCGUCUGUUCAGCCUCCUCCCUCCUACGAGGAGGUGAUCCGAGAGAAAACACAGGAGCAGGUUCUCCUUCCUUCUGCUUCCUCCUCUUCCUCCUCACCUCUGGUUUUUAGAACAACCAUCGCCACGCAGACUGAGCCAGGAUCUGCUCCUGAUCCUCAGGAGACUCGUGAAAGAAGAGCAGCGAGACCCCCACGGCCGCCUCCCCCGAGACCAUCGAAUGUUGACUUCAACAUCACCUCCAGCCAGUCAACUGUUAGCUCUUCGGAGACGAGCAGCGUCGCUACAAACACACGUCCUGACCCGUUAACACACACCUCCACACACACCCAGUGCUCCUCGUUCCUCGGUGACCAGCAUUUACCUUCAACAUCAACCUGUGGGGCUCAAACCGACCAGUGUUUGCCUGCUGCGGAACAGGCUCCUCCUCCUGACACAUCCCCACAUGUCCUGUUGGAGCGUCCCAGGCCACGCCCUCGUACUAGGCUAGGUCGCCAGCCAGUAAACAACGAGGUUAAAGUUCAGACUCUGGUGAAACUGCGCGAGGACGGUUUGGCCACGUUAACUGCCCGGGCAGCCAGCGACGGCACAAACCCGGAGGCGAGCCAGGGGACGUAUCUUCAGGAGCUGCUGGAGGCGUUCAGUUCGGACGACUGGGGCUUCCCUGAUCACAGCAGCGAGCGCAGCCAGUCAGAGAGCGAGGAAGAGGACGGCGAGGACAUGGCGACUCUAAGAGCCAGGAUACAAGCAUUCGAGCAGCAGCAGCCGGCCGCUGAUGGGAGCUGUGGAGACACUACGGACAUAGAUACUGGGAAUCUUGAGGGUUUUGUUGCCACUAAAAGACCUGAGCCUCGACCACGGCCUCGUCUCCAGGGUCAACCACCCAAAUCUAACCCACCUGUCGUUGCUCCAAAACCCAAAAGCUUUUCACCUCCUCCCAAACCCUCCAGCAAGGUAUUCUGGGAAGAUGGAGGUGUUACAGUGGAAACAGGAAACACAGAAACAUCUGAAACCGCCCCUGCAGAGUCAAACUCUGAAGCUCAAACUUCUGAAGAACCAUCGGCGAAGUCUGAUCCAGGAUCAGAACUCAAACCUACCCAAACCUCUGAAAAGCCCGCCAUAACACCAAAACCAAAGACUGUUUCAGAACCGCUCCCAUCUAGUACCCCUGUCCCGGCUCCGAGGCCUCCUCCACCCAAACUCACGCGCUCUGUCAGCGGAAGUCCCUCCCCUCCGCAUCCCCUACCACCACGCAGGCCUCCAGUGGCCCCCAGAGCCAGCCUGGGAGCUCCACAGCAGGAAAAGAGCUCAGUGGAGGCUGGAGGUGAACCUGCGCAGAACACCAUGACCCAAACUGUUACAGGAGGAAGUAUCGGUUCCACCGUCAAACCGGCAGCGCCGACUUCCCCUCGCGCUCCAAAUCUGGCCCCCAAACCAACUGCAGUAGCACCAGCACGUCCAGAUCCAAACCCAGUCCCUCCUAAACCCACAGCUGUCAAUCCUGCUGCACCCAGCAAACCUCCCGGACCACCAAAACCCCCAACAGCAGCUCCGGCCCCAGCCAUGAGGAAAAGCUCCAUACCUCAGUCCAAAGCUGAAACUAGCAACCCUGCAAACCCGGGCUCCUCAGAACCUUCUCUCCCUCAGCGUCCAACAAGCGUUAAACUCCUCCCUCUUCGUCCUCCACCAAUCAAAUCUGCCCCAGGCAGACCGCCGCCCCCAGCCAUUAACGCAGCAUCCUCAACCAAUCAGAUCGCUGCUUCUAAUGCCGUACCUGCUGUCUCCACUUCACCUGCUGGACAGACCUCCUCAUCUCCUUCAACAGCCAAUCAGAGGGUGGCAAGAAAAGGACCACCUCUACCGCCUCGCCCUAAACCUGGACACCCACUGUUUGACAGCUACAUGAAACAGGAAGUCCUGAUUGUCCUGGACGACCCAAACCCUGCUCCUGCUGAGACACAGCAGUCAAAUGAAGGGAAUGAUCCCAGUAGCGUUGCGCCCCUCAUCAGCCCGUCUCUGUGUCUCCUGGACUCGGACCCCCAGCCAGAGCCGGUCCAAGAUAAGGACAGCGAGUCAAAAAUGGCCAUAGAAGACCUCAACCCAUCAACCUUCCAAUCUAUCCUGCCUGCUGAGCUCAAAGAGCAACUGGACUCUCCUGUCAGCGGCCCACGAUGUGUCGCUCUGUUUGACUACGAGGGAGAGGAUGAUGACGAGCUCACCUUCUCUCAGGGCGACGUCAUCGGCCUCCUGGAGCUGGUUGAUGAGGAGUGGGGGCGGGGCCAGAUCCAUGGGCGAACUGGAAUAUUUCCACUGAACUUCACAGAGGUGGUGGAGCUCCUCCCAAAGCCUACAUCCUCACCAGGAGAAACGUCUAAACAAGAGUCAGCAGAAACAGGAGGAACAGAAAACUGUGCAGCAGUCAAACCAUCAGAAUUAGAGACAGAUGAGUGGGUGCUGGCACUGUUCGACUUCCCGGGUCAGACUGUAGAGGACUUGUCCUUCCACAAGGGGGAGCUGAUUCAAGUGACGAAGCAUGUCGAUGCAGAGUGGAGGAGAGGAAGACUGGAUGGGAGGGAGGGUCUUUAUCCUGCUGCCUUCACACAACCCUGUCAGGCUCAGCCAAUCACAGGCCAGCAGUCUGCAGCAAAGGGAACAGCUAAAGCUGUGUUUGAUUUCACGGCAGAGAACGAGGAUGAGCUCACAUUGAAGGUCGGUGACGUCAUCACCCACGUGGAGUCUGUUGAUGAGCAAUGGAUUCUGGGAGCUGUGGGCGGAAAGCGUGGGAUGGUGCCUAGAAACUACAUUUCAUUGCUCUGAUGAGGAAUCUGCUCGGUCAGCUGAUGUGGAAAAGUUGAAACCACAUCGUUAAACAGACUUUUGAACUUUUAACGACACCACGGGGAGGUUUCCUGGGGUUGUUAUUUUAUUUAGAGUGUUUUUGGAUGAAAACAUGAAUCCAUUCCAGUGUUUUUAGACUGAGCUUUUUUAUUGCCAGGCAGAUAUUAAAGGACCUACAGUAAAUCAGCCUGAAUUGUUGUUAUUGGUGGAGUUGUUACUAAGCUGAAGAAGGAGGGAGUCGGCAUGUUUUGAUUUCAUUUGGACAUCUGAGAUGAAAUGAACUGAAAUGAUUUACACAUUGUUGCUAGUUUGUUUUAUCUGGACUUGAUUAUUAUUUUUAUGCACUGUUUUACCUGACUAGUAGGAGGACUGAAGAUCGUAGACCACAGCAUGAUGGGAAUUAUUGGAAAAAAGAUCAGAUCCCUUUUCUUCUUUACUUCUCAUUAAUUCUUUCUUUAUUCUGUUUUCAGUUGUUAAACAUCAACUCUUAUGACCUGUCUGUAAAUCGAAAAUAUGCAAUUAAUUCACUUUAACGGAACCGUUAAUUGAUUAUUCAAAAUAAAGGAUAUUGUUUCCUUU